CUCGGUUGCUAUGCAGCAAGGACGCUUAGGCAGGGCUUUAGCCCAAUUUCUAGACCAGUGCGCCAGGCAUUUGAAUGGCACCCAAGAAAGAGAAAAACUUGGUUGCGAACAGCAGUUCUAAGAUAUGGGAACCUUCGCUAAUAGCUGCACACUUCAAUCAGGAUGAUUGGAACGCCUCGGUCGCUUUUGUGGUCGGCAACCGGAUGGAGGAUGAUCUUCUCAUUCAAGCCCUCACCUUGGCAGUUCAAGUCCCUCAGCGCAAACUCUUCAGCAUAGUUUCAUGGCAAGACGUUGUCCAGCAGAUCAAUGAAGUAAGUGUGUCUGCCCGAACUGCUUCAUCUAAAAAGGCAAAGAAACCUGCAGGCAGUAAUCCUCCAUUAUUUUAUGAGGUGUUAAUUGCAGCAAAAACAAUUAUGGAUAGUGGAGAGAAAUUAACCUUACCAUUGAUAGGGAAACUCCUGAAAUCUCAACUUCUCCAGAUUAAAUUAAAGGACCAGCAGCGACGGGAAAAUGAAAAGAAGGUGACAGAAGAGAGAUCUAAAGCAGAAAUGGAUAAAGCGAAAGCAAAACCUUCCAAAGAAAAGAAGGCCCCAGGUGCCAAGGCUGCUAAAGGAAAGGGAAAAGAGCAGCUCGAGGUCAGCACGACAGUGAAGAAAACCACUGAGUUAAAACGGAGAGGCGAAGAGGACAACAAGAAGUAUUACAUUGAUGAUGAGCCAGAUGAUGGUGCCCAACAUUACAUUAUUGUUGUGGGCUUCAACAAUCCUCAGUUAUUAGCCAUUAUGACUGAGCUUGGCAUUCCCAUAACCAGUGUGAUUAAAAUAUCUUCAGAGAACUAUGAACCUCUGCAGACACACCUGGCUGCAGUUAAGCAGCAGCAGGAAGUUUCUCUUCAGCCAGAAGAUAAAGAAGCUGAAACCUUGAAGAAAGAGAGUGCCAUAAAAGACCUUGAAAUUUUCUGGAAAUACUUGGACCCAAUCCUGAAUAAUGAGAAACCCGAAACAAAUCUCUUUGAUGUUGCUCGGCUUGAAUACAUGGUCAAAGCAGCUGAUUUUCCACCUGACUGGUCAGACAAUGAGACAAUGCUUCAUUUGGGCACUAAUAUUUUUGAAAAUAUUGCCUGUUUGAUGUAUGACACCUUGGAUUGGAAAAGGCAACACCAGCAUUAUUUGGAAAGCAUGCAGCUUAUUAAUGUCCCACAGGUGGUUAAUGAGAAAAUUAUCUUAGAAACCAUACAGAUUUCGGAGGCUUCACAACAAGCUGUUCCAGGGUCUGGAAAGAAAAAACCACAGUCUGAAGAGCCACAAGUUCCACCACCAGUGACUUUCAUCAUCACAUCUGAAGUAGACAUGAGAUACUAUAAUGAUCUGCUGAACCCAAUUCCAGAGGAAUUCAUUUCCGUGCCCCUGAUACUGCACUGUAUUUUAGAACAGGUUGUGGCAAGUGAAGAAGAUCUUGUUCCCCCGAGUCUGGUGGAACCACCACCCAGAGAAGAUGGGUUAGACCACAGGAUCGCGGCUCACAUUGUGUCCAUCCUGCCCUCACUCUGCCUCUCAGAGAGGGAGAAAAAGAACCUCCGUGAAGUAUUCUUACCUGAAGAAGAAAGGGAAAUCAAAGCAGUGCCCAAAGGCCCUCUCCUACUGAACUACCAUGAUGCACAUGCCUACAGGAAGUAUGCACUAAAGGACCAAAAGAAUUUUGACCCAGUUCAAAUUGAGCAGGAGAUGCAGUCUAAGUUGCCACUGUGGAAACUCCUUCAGUUCCCUCUGCCCCUCCCUUGGAACAGCACUAAACGUUUAGCUACCAUUCAUGAGCUUAUGCACUUCUGUACAAGUGAACUCAUGAGCUGGAAUGAAGUAGAACGAGCCUUCAAAUUGUUUACUUUUGAGAGCCUGAAGCUCUCUGAAGUAGACAACACUGGGAAACUAAAGCCUUCCAGGAUGAUGUGUGGAACUGAUGCUGAGAAGUUCUAUGUACCAUGGGACAACCCUGCCAGAUUUGCUAAGCAGAUAAGGCAGCAAAACCUCCUGAAAAUGAACAUUCCAGAGGCCAAACAGAAAACAGAUACUGAACAUAAAGACAGAACUAUAUAUGUGGAUCCGAACUGGUCAACAUCUUUGCAAGAUACUGAAAUCAGUAGAGAUGUUUCAACUUUUAAUCUGCCUGAUGCUGAUGAUAUAAGGCGUUAUGACUCAAUUAGUAUGCAACCCUUAGUCUCUGAUAAUGGAGAGCUCUUAGAGGAGGAAGGCGGUGUGAAGACUCAGCCUCAACCAGAGCCUUCAAGAAAAGAUCCAAGCACGAACAAUGAGAUCAAAGAUAAAGCAGUCACAAAGGCUGAUUCUCUUGAAAAGAAACCCAAGAAGAUGAUGGUGGAAGCAAAUUUAGAGGACAUAAAGAACACACAGCAGCGCAGCCUAAUGGAUUGGAGUUACACUGAACAUUUUAAACCAGAAGUACUGCUUCAGGUUCUUCAAGAGGCUUAUCAGCAGUAUCGGUGUGUAGAUUCUUAUUACUAUACCCAAGACAAUUCUUUGCUUUUAGUUUUUCAUAAUCCAAUGAAUAAGCAACGUCUGCAUUGUGAAUACUGGAAUAUUGCUCUUCACUCUAAUGUUGGAUUCAGGAAUUAUUUGGAACUUGUUGCUAAAUCCAUUCAAGAUUGGAUCACAAAAGAGGAAGCUCUGUAUCAGGAAGCUAAAAUGGCUGAGGAACUCAUUAGUGCUAAGGGUGAGACAAAAUUGAAAAUGGCUAGUGGGAAAAAUUAUUUGUCCCGCAAAGAUAUUUCUCUCAAAAAAUCUAAAAGUAACAAAGUAGUGAGCAAAACAGAAGUAACCGAUCAAGAAAAAGAGAAAGAGAAAGAAAAGAUCUCUUUUAUUUUAGAAGGCUCUCUGAAGGCAUGGAAAGAAGAACAAGAACGGUUAGCAGAGGAAGAACGUUUACGGGAAGAAAAGAAAGCAGAAAAGAAGGGUAAAGAUGCUGGUAAAAAGAAAGGCCAGGACAAAGCAGAGAAGGAAAGGUCUCUAAAGAAGAAGUCUUCUUCUAAGGAGAGAGUGAAAGAACAACUAGCAAUCCCAGAGGCAUCUGCAGAGACCCUGCAACAACCAGAACCUGAGCCAGAGUUCCCAUUUCGAGGAUACAAUAUGGGAGAUACACCUGUCCAAAUCUCAGGAUCAAAUUAUUAUCUGUAUCCUUCUGAUGGAGGGCAGAUCGAAGUAGAAAAGACAGCAUUUGAAAAAGGCCCAACAUUUAUCAAAAUGAAAGUGAAAAAGGACAAGCAUAAUUUUAUAAUUCACCUAAAAGACCCAAAGAGUUUGGUGAAAAAGCAAAGCAAAGAAGAAAUUUAUUCUUUGGAAAAGAAAGAAGAAAAUGAUGAGGAACAAAAUCUUGAAGCAAAAGUAUCUUGUGCAGAGAGUAAAGCUGUCAGCAAGUUUGGAUCUUUUUCUGCCACCUUAGAAAAUGGAAUCUGCCUCUCAAUAAGUUAUUAUGGAUCAAGUGGAACAGUGCCAGAUGAGAAGGAUCCUGAUCUGGAGGCAGUGUUGAACAUCCCUUCAGUAUUGACUCCAAUUGUGAUCCCUGCUGUAGUGAAUGUUCCUCAAGGCAAAACAAAAGGGAAAGUAAAAGGCAAAGAAAAACCCAAGGAAUCCCUUAAAGAAGAAGAGCACCCAAAAGAAGAAGAGAAAAAGGAAGAAGUAGAACCAGAACCUCUUUUACAAGAGACUCCUUAUGUUCCAACCUUCCAGAACCUAAAUGUGUCUUGUCCCAAUGGGCUUCUGUUGACCUUCAUUGGGCAAGAGUCCACAGAUCUGCAUUUCGUGGAUGAAGAACCCAUCUGGGACAUCAUGAUCCGUCAGAGCUACCCACAAAGGAUGAAGCACUAUGAGUUCUAUAAAACAGUGAUGCCACCCAUGGAACAGGAAGCUUCCAGAGUUAUCACCAGUCAAGGCACUGUUGUCAAGUAUAUGUUGGAUGGAUCCACACAAAUUCUCUUUGCAGAUGGAACUGUGAUCAGUAGUCCUGAUUCAGGCCCAGUCUGUCCUGAAGUGUCAACAAGCCAUCAUAAUGGAGAUAUGGCAGAUUCAGCUUCUCAGCCAAAAUCAGAAACAGUGCCAUCCGAGACUGCCAUCGCAAAGAAAGCAAGAGGUCACAAAAAUCAAUCAUCGAUGACACAGAAGAAUGAAACCCAUGAAGUCACUCCAGAGAUAGUGCAAGCAGCAACUCCUGUGGAGGAUCACAUAGGCACCUGGUUUACAACCACACCUCAGGGAAAACGGAUCGGCACCAAAGGACUGGAAAAAAUAGCAGAUUUGGCCCCACUAUUAUCCUUUAAAGCCACAGAUCCUGUCAAUGGAACGGUUAUGACAACUCGAGAAGACAAAGUAGUCAUUAUUGAAAAGAAAGAUGGUACUCGGAUAGUGGAUCAUGCUGAUGGUACCAGAAUUACAACCUUUUAUCAAGUUUAUGAGGAUCAUAUUAUUUCUACAGAUGAUCAAGAAAUGACUGAAGUUCCUCGGACCAUCACCAGACAGGUGAAGUGCAUGCGGAUAGAAAGCUCACACUAUGCCACCAUUAUCACCAACUGUGAGGACAGUAGCUGUUGUGCCACCUUUGGGGAUGGGACAUCCAUCAUUGCAAAGCCGCAAGGAACAUAUCAGGUGCUACCUCCAAACACUGGUUGUCUCCAUAUUGAUAGGGAUUGUUCAGCCACAUAUUGCCACGAAUCCAGUGGUAACAUCUAUCAUCCUUUCCAAAAGCACGAGAAGCUGAGAGCCAGCAGGUAUAUCAUGAGGCACACAUCAGAGGUCAUCUGUGAGGUCCUGGAUCCUGAGGGAAACACCUUUCAGGUCAUGGCUGAUGGCAGUGCAUCAACUGUGUUAGCUGAAAAAAAAUCUGAAGAUGAUUUAAAUGUAAACCUUGAGAGCUAUGACAGCUUAUCAUCUAUUCGCCUUGAAAAGGAUCAUAUGCAAAUUUAUGGUGAACAUGUUCCCAGAUUUUUUGUUAUCUAUGCCGAUGGAUCAGGAAUGGAACUUCUCCGGGACCGUGACAUUGAAGAACACUUAUCCUUGGCCUAUGGGGAAUCAACUACCGUGGUUCUCCAGGAGCCAGUGCAGGAGCAGCCAGGGGCCCUGAGCAUCACAAUCCUUCGUCCUUUCUAUGAAGCAUCACCGUGGCUAAUGAAGAAAGAAUUAGAGACAAUUGUUCCCCCUAAUCUCCAGUCAAGGUCAUGGGAGACAUUUCCUUCAAUUGAGAAAAAAACUCCAGGGCCUCCGUUUGGCACUCAGCUUUGGAAGGGCCUUGUCAUUGGAUGUAAACAGCUAUUGAGGGCCCCAGCUCCUGUACUCAAAGACCCCAAGGUUCUGCAGAUGCGCCAGUUUAUCCAGCAUGAGGUCAUAAAGAAUGAAGAGAAACUGAGGCUGCAGGUUUCCCUUAAGGAUUAUAUAAACCACAUUCUAAAGAAAGAAGAUGAGCUACAAGAAAUGACAGUCAAGGAUUCCAGAACAGAGGAGGAAAGAGGCAAUGCUGCUGAUCUUCUCAAGCUAGUCAUGUCUUUCCCAAAAAUGGAGGAGACUACAAAAAGUCAUGUCAGUGAAGUUACAGCCCACCUAACUGAGUUAUUCAAGCAGUCUUUGGCUUCUACUCCAAAGUUUCCACCAGAUACAUUCAAUAAAGACUUUUUUGAGAACAAAUGGAGACAUACAGCAGCAUCAAAGAGAUGGAAAGAAAAGAUAGAGCAAAAGAGGCAGGAAAUUGAGCUGACAAAAAAGCAGCUAAGAGAUAUUAGGAACAAAGUGAUACCACCCUAUUUUGCCUCUGAAUUGAACCAGUUAUAUCAGUCCCAGUACAAUUAUCUGGACAAGCUUUCAAAAAAACUGCCUCCUUUUACGAAGAAAGAUGAAGAUGCAAACAAGACUGUUUUUCAAGAUACUUCUGAUCUUCAUUCAGAUUCCAAACCAUCUACAAUUUCACAAAAGGAGACCUCAAAUGUGCUUCAAUGUCCAAAACCAGAGAUUUCUAAGGAUAUCAAGGAGUCUGCUAACCAGAACCAAAACGAAAAUUUAACGAAAUCUCCUGAAGAACCAGAAUCUUACGUGCCUGUGAAAAUUCCAGUCCAGUCAUUACUGCAAGAUGUUGCAGGACAAGCAAGGAAAGAAAAAGUGAAAUUACCACAUUAUUUGCUGGGCUCCAAGCCAAAGUCUCAACCACUUGCAAAGGUGCAGGAUCCUGUUGCAGGAAAAGUGAACACAUCCUCCAUUGCAUCUGCUGCCAUUAAUAAUACAAAGUCAUCCCAUCUUGGGUUCCACCUUCUCCCACCAUCAGUGAAGUUUGGGGUGCUUAAGGAAGGGCACACCUAUGCAACCACUGUGAAGCUCAAGAACAUCGGUGUGGACUUCAGCAGAUUUAGAGUGAAACAACCCCCACCCAGCACUGGACUGAAAGUUUCCUACAAACCCGGACCUGUUGCAGCUGGUUUGCAGGUAGAGCUAAAGGUGGAGUUAUUUGCCAUGGCUGUUGGAGAAGGUGGUAUCAAAGGAUUGUCACACAUCUCUCACAAUAUUGAGAUUAUGACUGAGCACGAUGUUUUGUUUUUACCCGUGGAAGCAACAGUUUUAACCAGCAGCAAUUAUGAUAAUCGACCAAAAGAUUUUCCCCAGGGAAAAGAAAAUCCCAUGGUCCAGACAACGUCUACAAUUUCUUCUGCUGCACUUGGAGUCGUCAUGUCACGUAGUAUUUCUCCACAUUAA